UACACACGUUGAAUACUAUAUUUUAUAUAGCUGAGAUUUUAUUGUAAAUUUUAACUUAAGGUAUUCUAAAGUGAGUUUGUUUUGUGUUGUUAAUGUGGUUGUUGCUAACCAAUUAGUAAUUGAAUCUCAGCAGUUUAUCAAUAAAAUGAUAAAUGAAAGUAUUUAUGAUUGGUAUUUGGCUUUAAAAGAUACAUCUUAUGAUGCAAUAUAUUGUAGAUAUUGUUUGGAUUUUAAAGUUGAACUGUUCUGCUGCAAGAAAGCUUUAGCCAAAAAGAUAAAUAGAUUAGUUGACACCAUCAGAAAAUUAAAGAAACAACGAAAAAAUAAAAAAUUAGCAUUGUUAUUAGGUGAAGCCUUUUUUCCACCUGUGGCAAAUUUUUCUGAUAAUACAGUGAGUGCAUCAGAAAUUCCUAAAGAAACAAUACUGAUAAGCGAAAACAAAAUGCUUAAAAAAGAAAAUAACAUUUUUAAAAGGAAAAUGGAAUCUAUGAUGGAUUUACAAAUGGAUUAUUUUACACAUCUAAAAGAUUUUGAAGGUUUUUCUAUACAACAUCGUGUUAGAGAAGAAGAUGCUCAUGAAGUAUCUUGGGAACGUGCGCAAGUGGUUCAAAUUGAUCAAUUAAACGGUAGAAGAACUACAUACCUUGUUAAGUAUGAUAAUGAAUCUGAUGAAGUAUGGUCAUUUCCUUUAGUAAUAGAUUUUUAAAAAGGUGAUCUUAUUCUUUGUAGCUAGGAUUGCGAGGUUUUAUUUAAUGUAAAUUUAGAAUUAUGUUACAGUAUAUAUUAAUCUUAUUUCUUUUA